AUGGAGCUACAAGAUUGUAGAUCACAGUGCUAUGACAAUGCUGCUGGGACGGCUGGACACAGAAGUGGUGUUCAUCAAAGAAUAUGUGAGAAAAACAACCUGGCAGUGUUUGUGAAUUGCGACAAUCACUCAUUCAACUUGGUGGGUAUACAUGCAGCCAAGCAGGAUACAAUGAUGGCCACGUUUUUUGGAAUCAUCGAAGCUGUCUACGUGUUCUUCUCUCGUUCAACACAGUGUUUGGAAAAACUCAAAAACGCCGUGCUUGUGGUUGUUAAGUCGCAGUCCGAAACCAGGUGGAGUACAAGGACAGAAGCAGUGAGGCCCGUCAACAAGUACCUUAAGGAGAUACUUCAAGUUCUCCAGGACAUGAUAGACAAUGAAAACGAGAUCAGUGAAAACAGAAAUGACGCAAGGCAGCAGUAUAACCGCAUGUUGAGUUACGAUUUUCUGACUUUGCUAGGAUUUUGGAACAAAGUAUUCAUUAGCAUUGACCGUAUUCAAAAGAGGAUGCAAGAUCCUAACAUGAACUUCCACGAUGCUGCCCUGGAUUUGAAAGCCAUCCGAGAUAAUUUUGAUGAUGAAAGAAAAGUGUUGGUCAGUGAGUCACUCGAAGAAGAGCUCGGUCUCUGUCAAGAAUGGAAUAUUAAAGUUGAAAGACGUCAGAGACGAAAGAAACGAAUGGCUGAUGAGAACUCGAGAGACGCUGGGUUAACAACCAAGGAGGAAAUGGAAAGAGUCAUGAAGGGAACACUCGGCCGUCUUCACAGAGAAAUGGAUGAAAGGUUCGCUCGUUUGCACGACACUGAUGCCAAGUUUGGGUUCCUUAUCGAUGUCGAGGGACUGUGUUACGGCGCCGACAGUAAAGACCUAAAGAAGAAGUGCGAAAAUUUGGGCGAAUUGUACAACUCUGAUGCUGAUGGACAGCAGCUAUAUGAAGAAAUUUUGGAUUGCAGAAUGUUGCUAUCAAGUCGGGCCAACAUAAAAAUAUCAAGACCCGAAGAGCUUCUCGAAUUUAUUGUUCAGUAUGGAGAUGUGAGCGUCUUCCCCGAUCUUCGCAUUGCUAUUCAGAUAAUGCUAACCAUCGCAGUUUCCAUCGCCAGCUGUGAGAGAUCAUUCAGCUAG